AACCCGGGCUCAGACAAGUUUUUCUUUUCUUUUUUUUUUAAGUUUUUGGGUUGGACGAAAAUGCCCUCCUCCCUCAACGCAAGGCACUUCGCAUUCUCAAAUUCCUCCCUUGGAAUCAAAGUCUACAAAUGGCAAUUGCUUUUAUGUUUCUUGGGAUUUUGGUCUCUUCCAUCUGAUAACUCUCUCCAUCAAGAGAUCUGUGCAUUUCAGCGAAAUCCAAUAAUGGGCCAAAAGCUCGUAGGGCUCUGGGGGAGAGUUCAAGGCAAGCCACAUCUGCGGAAGAUAUGUGACAAGGUAUUCGACGAAUGUGUGGCGAGAAAUGGCAGGCACGGUUUGGUACCCGCAGAUCUUCACCGUGCUAUUUUGUUGGCAUACAAUGUGAUUAAUAAGCAUUUCCCUGGGCCCCAUAAGGAACCACCCUCUGCUGAAGUAGUUGCAGCCACAGUAGAGCGGUUUCAUGAGGCAAAGGUAGAAGGGAUAGACCGCGAACAGUUCUAUCAGUUAAUUCUGGGAUGGACAUGGAAAUAUAUGCAGAAUGUUGUUAUAAACAAGAUAUUAGUGGCUCUCCUCGCCGCCCCUGCAAUGACAGAAAUAACUAAAAGGGCAAGUCGAUUGGUGCCCAAGAUCCAAAACGUUGUGGAGAUGAUCCCUACUCCAGUUUUGAUUUCUGCAUACACUGUCGGGUUUGUUCUUGUCCAAGAUUUCGAAGUACCCAUCAACUAGGUAAGUUCAGAUUCAUCAUGUUCUCCCCAUGAAUGGAUUCAAUGGCAUCAGCUCUUGGACCACUCCCAUCAUUUUGCAUCCAUCGCUUUUCACGUUAUUGGCCAAAGAAGAUGAGAGGAAAUGUAUUCACAAGUAUUCAGUGGGUGAUUCUCUCAUCCAAUUGUAUGUAACAUUCUUUUCGGGGUCGUUCCUGUAAUGCGUGUACAGUCUAAGGUGGGUGCUUAAUCAGUUGUGGAAUUACUCGAAAAUUGAUGCUUUCUCAGAUUCUAGCCAUGAUGCUCUUUCCCCAAGUUUCUAGACUUGAUUUUCAUAUGCACAACCAUCCUCGGAUAUAUAAAUGGAUAUUCUACUUGAUGAGUU